GCUAUUCACAUUUACGCUGGUGUCUCUGCUCGGCUCUCCUCUCUCAUCUUCGUCGGCAUCUUGGUCGAGCAAAUCGCCGGUGUCUUGGCCGAGCAGGUCGUCUCCUCUCUCAAUUCCGAAUGAAGAUCUCGCAGCGAUUUAUUAGGUUUGCUUUCAGCGGUUCUCUUCCCACGAUUCUUGCAUCUCGCACCGGGAUUGAAUCAAAGAGGGUCAAGAGGCGAAGGUGGAUUCCAACGAUUUCUUAUCAUCACCUGCUUGGCCAAAUAUACGGACGAGCUUUCAGGCACAGUAAAUGAGGCUAGGGUUUCAGUCGAUGGAUUACGAUCGCCAUAGACAACAAAGCUUUGAACGGAGUAAGACAAAAGAGGAUAGGCCGAAGAACCGUCCUUGCACAGCUGCUCUCAUCACUCCCCUAAACUCAGGUCAGCCAUUCAUUCUUUUCUCAUACGCCUUCUUCCAAAAUUAAAUUUCUAGGGAUUAGUUUCUUCAAUUCUUUGUGUUUGAUAUUUUUUUCAUAAUUUUUGCAGAUUUUUUAGAAGUAAGGAUUUGAUCCGAAUUUCACUUAACCCUAGAUGCAUAGUUUUGUGUUAGCAUAUCAUAAUUUAAGCUCAAAAUAUGAGAUUAAUAGCUCUAUUGGCAUUCUUUGAGUUUGAUUUUUUGAGGGAUUUGGGUAUUCUUGGUACUACAUUUGUUUUAAAGUUAAAAAUACCUUGCCUUUGUAGACAAAGUUUGUGUUGUCUCUCUUCCCGAAUAAGGAGGCACACCAACUGUUCAAUAAAAUGCAAUGAACAUUGGACAAGAUUAUUUUCAAGUAAAAACGGUCAAAAAUUUGGUUUGAAUUAAUAAAAUUCUACAGUCUCGAUAAAGCAUAUUUUACACUCUCAAUAAAGCAUAUUUUAUAAAUGAUGAAAGGGAGUACGAUUAGAAGAAGUAUUAUCUCUUGAAUUAUGAAUGUUUGGUGAUGAAGGUUACUUCUAUACCUUAUUUUUCAUUUUGAACGAACUCGGCCCACUCUUAAUUUAUAAUUGUAAAUGGAUUCUUUUCUUUAGUUUAAUCGUUAUCUAGGAGGUUGGUUGUUGACUUUACCUUAAAUGAUAUUCAUAUAUUGAAUGUAAUGUUUUUUAAUGUACAUCAUACUAUUCACUUUUAAAUACUAUGUUCUGUUUGGUAUGAAAUAGCAUUGUCGAAUCUUUGGAAUGGAGUACAUAGUUUUAAUUAUGGGUUCUAAUUAUGAUGUAUGGAUGAAAAAAUAUGAUGUAUAUUUUUUAAUGUAACUGAUUCUGUUUCUUUUGAAUAUGUAGUCAGAUUGAAUCUGACUAUUUGGCCAUCUUUCAAAGGUAGUAUACAAUUUUAAUUAUAGGGGACAGAAGAAAUUUGCUAAUACUAAUGUAUGUGUGUUAAUAACGCACAAAUGAAUAAAUUUCAUUUAUGGUUCAUUCAAUCUUAAUUACAAUAUUUUAGCUAUAUAGUUUUAAAUUGUAAUUUAGCUUUUUGUUUCCCCACUCGAGCUAGAUUGAAUGAAAUUGCAACCAUUGAUGAUUGAUGGAGCUCGAGUCCUAAUAUCCACUUUGGUUCGAAUCAGCUAAGUAACUUUGUUGCUGCCUUGCCUUCGACGGUCGUGGCUGAAAUUCAAAGCAAGAAGAUUACAAAUAUUUUCAAGAUCAGCAUCAAUAAAAGAAGACAACUUUUUCUAUGGUGAUGGGUGAAAGUAGAGUUCAAGUUUAAUGUUGAUUUGGUCUUUUAAGUUUAUUGGUAUUUAAUGUGGAGUUUUCGUGGUGAUGCAUGCUUUAUGUUUUCGAGAAUUGAGCAAAAGAAAUGCGUGGCUCAAUACAAUUUUUAUGUCUAAUCGCAUAAAAGAAAAGAUUUAACAAAUAUAUGCAUUUAAUGUGGAUAAAUUAGGGGAUGAUUCUACCACAUGGUUGCAUUAAAGCAGUGGCUGGAGAGUUCAACAUAUCUAGAAAAACAGUUGGGAAAAUAUGGUCUUUAGCUAGGGGUCAAAUGCAGGAUGGUCUACCAGUUUCUGUUCAAUGCAAGAGGAAAGGCAACUUUGGCAGAAAAGAAGUGCCUGUUGACAUUCCAAAGAUGUUGGCAGUUCCAUUUCAUAGGCGCAAGAACAUACGUGCCCUUGGCUAUGCAAUGGAAGUGUCUAAGUCAACUGUCCAGAGAUGGCUAAAAAGGAAGGCCAUAAGGAGACAUUCCAAUGCAAUGAAGCCAUAUUUGUCAUACUCAGGUUCCUCUUCCUUCCCGUACGGCCGCCAGCAAAGGGUUUGGUUGGAUGAGGGGGGAAGAGGGGAGGAGGAGGCGGAGGAGGGUGCGAAGGCGGCGGAUCCGGAAGCCGGCGGGAGCGGCUGCGGCGGGGCUGUGGCGGCGGCGGUGGAGAAGGAGCACAUGUUUGACAAGGUGGUGACGCCGAGCGACGUGGGGAAGCUGAACCGGCUGGUGAUUCCGAAGCAGCACGCGGAGAAGUACUUCCCCUUGGACUCUUCCAACAACGACAAGGGGCUUCUGCUGAACUUCGAGGACCGGAACGGGAAACCGUGGCGGUUCAGGUACUCCUACUGGAACAGCAGCCAGAGCUACGUGAUGACCAAGGGCUGGAGCCGGUUCGUCAAGGAGAAGAAGCUGGAUGCAGGCGACGUCGUUUCCUUCCAGCGGGGCGCCUCCGAGUCCGCCAGGGACCGCCUCUUCAUCGACUGGAGGCGCCGCCCGGACCACCACCACCACCACCUCGCUCCCGUGAUCUCCUUACCCCACCACCACUUCUCCUCCUUCCAGCGCUCCCCCUUUCAUCAGCACUACCCGGCGGCCGCCGCUGCAGCUGCGGCCUGGAACCACCACCAGGCUGUGUUCUCCGCCCCCCUGCACCCGUCUUCGUACGGCUACGGGGUCUUCAGCGGCGGGGAGGUGGUGGUGAAUGGAAACCCUUGCUCGGGGGUAUCUUCGUCCGGGAUUUACCUGAGACCCAUAGUGGCGGCUGCCGCCGCCGCCCAGCAGCAACAAAUGAUGCAUAGAGGAGGAGUUGGAGGAGGGGCUGCCGCCGCCGCCUCCGCGGUGGUGUUUGAGUCGAUGCCGGUUGUUGUCCACGGCAAGGCGGCUGCAAAGCGGCUGAGGCUCUUUGGGGUGAACGUGGACUGCCCCAUUUUGGACGGAGACACCUCCUCCCCCUCCUCCUCCACCUCCGCCGCCGCGGCCUCAACAACAACAACAAUCCCAUCCACUUUGCUUCAAUUAAAGUCAUCCGGCUACGAUGAUGACGGCAACAACGACACGGAAGAACUACAUCUCGAAUCCGAUGAUUAUAAUAAUAAUAAACCCAGGAAGUCGUCUUCAUCCGCUUCCAUAGAUGGAUGCCAGACUUUUGCUGCAGCGGCAGAAUGUGAAGAAGCUAUAGGAACAGUGGUGGUUGCUCUCUCUCUUCUCUUCUCUCCCGCAGCUUUUUUAUUUCCCUGCUGGCCGGCCAACGAGAAGAGUGCCGGCAUGCAUAUCAUGGAUUUCAACACUAAUGUUUAAGGAGCUGGAGAGACAUGAAAUGACAAACAUUUUUGCCCACCUUAAAGUCCUUAAUUAUAUGGCGCAUAUCACUCUUCUUGAAUUUGUAUACAGAGUACAUCAUAAUUUACGCACAAAAAAAAAGAAGGGAGAAAAGAAGUCUACAACUUCUUCCUCUUCGUAGAUCGCAGGACCAAAUCAGAAACGCUCCAACGUUCGGCUCCAUCAAUUUUGCUCAAUUAAAGCUCCUACGGGAAGAAAUUCAAGGUUCUCCUUGUUAUAAAUUGAAGAAAUUCACCGAGAAAGGGGAGGGGGGAAAAAGAACGAGAAUAGAGCAGCGGCUCUAGCCGCUGUUAUCUACGCGCGGUGGUGAGCGGGAGGAGGCGACAACCAGCGGUAGCGGCUGCAGCUCCGGACGGCGAUCUCCAACUCCGGUCAUGGCUCCAAUUUCUUCAAUUUCAUCGUCUUCUUCGACAAUUGGUAACCCUAUAUUUGUCAAUUUGUUUUUCUUCUUCAAUUUCUUUGUAAAAAUGUUGUUUCAAUUCAAGUUUACACUUUUUUCCCCUUAUUUGUGUUAAUUUCGAAAAUGAUAAAAUGGUUGGUGUUCUUUUAUGGGAUUUUAAUGUUUAUAUGAAUGAGAAUUGAUUCAUAUUAGUUUUCUUUAAUUUUUGUGCAAAUUGUUGUUGAAUUGGUUGAAUCACACGAUUUGAAUUGAUAUCAUAAGUAGGUUGGUAUGUGGAAUUGAGUUUUGAUUGAAUCUAUUUUACCUCCAUAUUCUAGUUAUUAAAUGAUUUCUGAAUUCAUACGUGAUUCUUUGUUGUGCUAUGUAUUUUGUAAAAUUUUAAGGUUUAUGGACUUCUUAGCCCCAUAAGUUGGACAAUUUUCUUGAGAUUCGUUAUUGAGUGAUUGUUAUGUCGUGU